AUGUGCAUGGUAAACCCAAGUUCGCGUAAAGGCCACCCGUCAACCAGAAUGGUAGCAAUCAUGGCCCCGAAACCCACUAGUCGGCCGUCGACAGCGAAUCAACGACCCAUUGUUUCAGUGCCAGUCCCAACUACACACACUCAGUCGUCUCACAAGACAACUCUCCCACGACAUCCACGACAUUGUCCCGCGACGAACCCAGACCAUCUCUCGGGCGAGUCUCGCGUCUGCCCAGGCCCGUCGCGACCUGGAUCGUCGCGCAUUCACUCUAUUGACGUGAAUGCAGAGCCUCCAACCGCCUUCCAUGCGUCCUACUCCCCCAAUACCAUGAAUGAAAAAUUAGUAUAUGAUACUGUUGGUGCAAACAGUAUAAACGACAAAAACACUAAAAAUGGAAGCAAAAUUGCCAUCCAAGACCUACGCCUACCACUUCCCGUCACGACCUAUAAAUACACCAAAUCCAAUGGGUGUGUAGCACGAGCCAGACCUAUUCUAAUUGUCGCACUCGUUAUUCUUUGCAUGUACAACUACUACCCACACGCAUUAUCGUGGCCUUAUACAAUUUAUGCUAGGUAUAUAUCCCAUUCGGGAUAA